AAAAAUAUGAUACAUUCAAAGUAGACCUCCUUCCCCUAUUUCUAUGCAAGAGCUCAGUACCAUACGAGCAUCUUGAAAAUGGGGUUUGCUGCAGUUAAUCCCACUUCAAUGGGUCAUGUUUUUCUAAGAAGCUUUCAUCAGAAAGACUUAAUUUUGGGUUCUUCAAUGCGAAAAGAAACAUGGGGUUUUAAUAUUUAUUCGCCGAAGCUCAAGUACCAAUCAAGAAAGUCAUUUUGCUGCAAUAAUGAAUCAAUUGAUUUUGAAGAAAGAACAAGUCCUAAUGAGGUCAAGAAAGAGAUUGAGCAAUGCUAUGAAUUAAUACGCAGGCUUGGUCGGGGUAUUGUGUAUUUGGGAUCUUCAAGGAUGGGCCCUGGACAUCCUCACUAUGAAAAAACCUUUGAAUUGGGGAGCAAGAUUGCAGACCUCUUAGAUUGUACAACGUGGUCAGGGGCUGGGCCGGGCUUAAUGGAUGCUGCCACGCAAGGUGCUCUACAAGCAGGGAAGCCCGUUGGCGGGUUCAAGAUAGGUAGAGAAGCAGGGGAAUGGACGGCUACAAAUUUUCACUCAUACUUACCAUCAGAAAGUUAUCUUACAUGCAGAUUUUUCUCCGCAAGGAAACACGGGUUAGUGGAUGCUGUUGUGAGAUGUCGAAGCUCAGAAAGGACAGCUGUUGUCGCACUUCCGGGAGGAAUUGGUACCCUCGACGAGGUUUUUGAGAUCAUGGCUUUGAUUCAGCUUGAACGGAUUGGAUCUCUACUUCCUGUUCCCUUGCUUCUAAUGAACUAUGACUCAUUUUAUUCCAAUUUGCUGGAGUUCGUCAAUGAUUGUGAGAAGUGGGGGACUGUGUCUAAGGGUGAGGUUGCAUCAUUGUGGAAAGUUUGUAACAACAACUCUGAAGCUUUGGAUUACUUGGCUGAAUUUUAUGGUCUUUCUCCUAUAGAGAUCAGUAGAAAAGAUUCUGAAUCAUCAGAAUAUAGAAGUGUAUCUUGACAGUUAUCAUCCAUCAGCUAUGGGAAAAAGUUCAAGCUUUUUUGUUUCA